GACAGUUUCAGUCCAAGUUUGUUCUUCACCUUCUGCUUCUUUUUCUUUCUCUGUCAAAACUCAAAACCCCCCAAAAACCCCAAUUAAAGAUUUGAUUUUUCUUCGCAGUUCAGUCUCAGAAUUUCAACUCUCGAUCAAACCCAGUUCUCCUCUCACCUUGAAGCUUCUUUUGAGCUCUGAACUUUCGGGUUUGGUGUGGAAAUUUGGGUGCUUGGAGCUUUUUCUUUCAAGGGUUUUACUGUAGAAACGUUGGGUUCUUGAAGCAGAGUACUACAAUGGGGUUUAAGAGGUGGGGGAUAUGCAUGGAGGUCUUGUUUGGGUUGGUGCUAAUUCAGAGUAUGGAAUCUUCUGUUGUUGCUUUGACUGACCCAAUAGACGUUGCUGCAAUCAAUAGCCUGUAUGUUAAUCUUGGGUACCCACCUCUGCAAGGGUGGCUUCUUGUUGGAGGAGACCCAUGUGGGGAGAAUUGGCAAGGUGUUAGUUGUGUCUUCGCGAAUGUAACAGCACUAAAGCUUAGUAGUGCCAACUUGGGAGGACAACUGGGUGAUAGCCUGCAAGCCUUUGGGUCAAUAAUAGAAAUAGAUUUGAGUAAUAAUCAUAUUGGAGGGAAUAUUCCAACACUUUUGCCUCCGACUGUCAGAAAUGUUUCGCUAUCUAGUAAUCAGCUUACUGGAAGCAUCCCAGGUGGUUUGGCAUUGUUAUCUCAGUUGAUGGAAUUGUCAUUAGAUAAUAACCAUAUCAGUGGAGAUAUACCAGAUGUCUUUCAACUGCUUAGUAGUUUGACGAGAUUGGAUCUGUCCAGUAAUAAUUUAACUGGUCCACUAGGUCCGUCGUUGGGGAGUUUGUCAUCUCUCACCACAUUGUAUCUGCAGAACAAUCACCUGACUGGAACUCUAGAUGUGUUGCAGGAUCUUCCGCUACAGGAUUUGAAUAUUGAGAAUAAUCUAUUCUCUGGGCCAAUACCUGCAAAAUUGCUGACUAUUCCAGAUUUCAGAAAAGAGGGAAAUCCUUUCAACACCACUAUUCUUCCAUCACCUCCAGCACCAGCACCAGUAGCUUCAUUGAUAGCUAGUCCACCUUCUUCUGGAACAGGAGUAGAGAAUCCUGCUAAUGGGCCCUCUUCUCUACCAAAACUCGUACCUCCUAGAACUGGAAAAUCCUUAAUAACUAAGCCACUCACUUGGGUUGCAAUUGGAGGGGUUUCAUUAGUUCUGUUAUUGAUUCUGUGUGCACUUGUAAGAUGUUUCAAAGCAAGAAGUGUCAACAAGAAAGCAAAGAGGCAUGACAGUAGUGUAUAUAAGCUUCCUACAGAUGAUACCAAAUACACGCAGUCUUCACUUGAAGAAGGUCUUCAAAUGGAGAAAGUUCCCAAAGAGGCGAUUUUGAAACCACUGGAUGGAUAUGGAGCACAGAGCAUCAGAAUGGGUAUGAUGGCAAAACCACAAAAAGAGAAAAAGACUGAUGUGAGAAGUACUGAAAGUUCAACGCAUAGGAGGGAUCAUGAAAUUGACAUGACAGACACGGAUGAAGUAGUUUUGCCGCCGCCACCUCCUCCAUUUUUCCUUGGCAAGAAGAAUACUGUAAAUCCUGUUGGUCCAGCUACCACAAGCAAGCUGAAGUGUCCAAACCCUAGCUCUAUGAAAUUCUUCACUAUCGCGCACCUUCAGCAGUAUACCAGUAGCUUUUCAGAAGAUAAUUUUGUUGGAGCAGGCAUGCUUGGCAGUGUAUAUAGGGCUAAGCUUCCUGAUCAAAAGCUCUUGGCAGUCAAGAAACUGGACAGUACAGCUUGCAGGCAGCAGAGUGAUGAGGAAUUUCUUGAAUUGGUGUCUAAUAUCUCUGACAUUAGACAUGCUAAUAUUGUGGAACUAGUGGGUUACUGUGCAGAGCAUGAGCAACGACUGCUUGUGUAUAAGUAUUGCAGAAAUGGGACUCUCCAUGACGCACUGCAUACUGAUGAUGAAAUUCAUAAAAAGCUCUCAUGGAGUGUGCGGAUCCGUGUAGCACUUGGAGCAGCAAGGGCUCUUGAGUAUUUGCAUGAGGUCUGUCAACCGCCAAUGGUGCAUCACAAUUUCAAAUGUGCCAAUCUUCUUCUUGAUGAAAAUCUCAACGUACAUGUCUCAGACUGUGGUUUGGCUCCUUUGAUAACGUCUCCCUCUUUGGCUGGCCACCUUCUCACUGCCUAUGGUUCUUCAGCACCAGAAUUUGAAUCAGGGUGCUAUACUCGCCAAAGUGAUGUCUAUAGCUUUGGAGUUGUGAUGUUAGAGCUCCUUACAGGACGCAAAGCCUAUGACAGGUCACGGCCUCGUGGUGAACAAUAUUUGGUCAGAUGGGCAGUUCCCAAGCUUCAUGACAUCGAUGCGUUGUCAAGGAUGGUUGAUCCCUCUUUAAAUGGAGCAUAUGCAAUGAAGUCUUUGUCACGUUUGGCGGAUAUUAUUUCUUCUUGCAUACAUCGAGACCCAGAAUUCCGACCACCUAUAUCUGAAAUCGUUCAAGAACUCUUGCAAAUGACUUAGUCCCCUCUCCAGCAAUCAAUUAAACGAGGAAUCAAGCUCAGAAAUCAACUUUACUAACAGAGGUGGUGAGCCUGCACAAGUUGCAAGCCAGCGUAUUUUCAGGGUGAAACGAUUUCAAUCUGUGCUUGUGUGAAUAUCGAGUGAUCAAUAUAACCAUUGUAUAGCAGAACCGUAGUUCUGUUUCCAAUUUACAUCAUGUAUGUUCUGCUAGUAUUACUGAUUGGGGUAGUUGAACCAUUUGUCGAUUUCUUUUACUGCGUUGAUCAUC